AUAGUCCAGGUGUUUGUUUACAAAAAUGAAAAAAACACAUCGUGAUUACUUAAAAUAAAAGACGACAGAAAGAAACAAACCAGUUUAAUAUUACCAGUUCUCUCUCUGAAAAUAAUUCAGAAGAAAAAAUGGAUUCAACAUCAAAAAACCAAACUCCAGAAUACUACCAAAACGUCGUCGUAAUGAGACACGGCGAUCGCAUCGACAACUUCGAUCCUUUAUGGAUAGCCACUGCACCUCGACCGUGGGACCCACCUCUCAUCAAAGAGGGUCGGGUUCGGGCUUUCUCUACGGGUCGCAAGUUUCGUAAUCUUUUCGGAUAUCCACUUCAUCGUAUUUUCGUCUCACCUUUCCUCCGCUGCGUUCAGACGGCAGCUGAAGCCGUUAUUGCUCUCUCCGCCGUUGAUGAUAACCCCGACGCACUCACCGGUGACUCUGUUACUAUCGAUCCUUCCAAACUCAAGGUCUCUGUUGAAUAUGGAUUAUGUGAAAUGAUGAGCAGGAUGGCAAUUAAGCUUGAGGUGGCUCCUAAAGAUGGAAAUUGGGGUUUCGACAUUUCAGAGCGUGAGGCCAUGCUUCCAAAAGGUACCUUGGAUAACACUGUAGAAAGGGUCUAUAAAGAGUUGCCUGUGUGGGAGGAAGAGCUUUCGCGCACGAGGGCUAGAUAUGAGCAAAUAGUUAAAGACCUUGCUGAUAAAUAUCCUACUGAAAAUUUGCUCCUUGUCACACAUGGGGAAGGAGUCGGGGUGGCUCUAUCUUCAUUCAGAAAGGGUGCUGUAGUAUGUGAAGUUGACUAUUGUGGUUAUGUGGAACUCAGACGCCCGAUUUUCAAGAAAGAUCAGUCAUUUACUGCAGGAGAAUUCGAAGUGCUUACCAAUGCUGGUCAAACUGGCGUAAAAUAUUCCGAUCUAAAAGAUCUUUGAGCAACGACAUCAGUUAAAUUUCCUAUUCCCCCUUCCACACGCCAGAUUCUCACUUAUCACUCUACUUAUUUUUACAUUGGAGUCCUCCAAUGUCCAGAUGACUUUUCCGUUGUUCAUACUUUAUUGAAUAGUAGAAUUUUAUCUGCAUAUUAUUCUUCACUCUUAUGAUAUUGGCCUUGAUUGAAUAGAAAACACAGGAGGAAAAGAAAUAGAAUUUGGUGGAGUUUAUGUUGCUAUUUUAUUCAGUAUUUUAUUGUGAAGAUACUACUUUGUUGUACAUUAAUAAUGAAACUGUGGACAUGAACCAAAGUUAGAAAAUCUUAUUUGAA